AUGUUAAAGCAUACACUUGGAAGCAUAGUAGCGUUGCUCUCACCUCUUUCUACGUCUUCAUUGAGUAUGCUAUUGCACGUUCCAAGGGAAGAUGUUGACCAGUCAUUUGAGGACCUUUAUGCGAUCCUUGAUAUUCCAGAGGACCCGACUCGCCCGCUCCGCUUACAUCACCCAUCAUUUCGCGACUUCCUCCUCCGUAAAGAUCGAUGUGGGGAUUUCUGGGUGGAUGAGAAGGAGGCACACCAGAUAUUAGCUACUGGCUGCAUACAGCUAAUGUCCCAGACACUUCAGAAGGAUGUCUGCGAAAUGCAUGCUCCUGGUAGUCAAGCUAGCCAAGUUGAGAGCACUUGGAUGGAGAAAUGCCUUCCUCCUGAAGUUCAAUAUGCAUGUCUUUACUGGGUCCAGCAUCUGCAAAAGGGUGAUGUCCAAGUUCACAGUGGCAGGGAAGUUCAUCAGUUUCUGCAGGCUCACCUACUGCACUGGCUUGAGGCACUAGGGUGGAUGGGAAAGAUAUCAGAAGGGAUCCAAGCAAUAUUGUCCUCAGAGGCUCACAUUUCGGUAUUCUAUCUAUCUCAUUUAUAA